AACAAUUUUAGUCGUUUUCACCAUUAGCAGUGAUAUAUAUAAACAGCGUUCGUUGACAGUUGACUACCAGAACUGAAUCAGUUUUACACGGAACGUUGUAGCGACCGGAUCGAAGAAAAAGUGUCUGCCGAUAAACGAUUAUUCGUUGAAGUUAUUUUCUUGAAAAUACGAUUUCAUUAAAGUUCAAUCAAGUUCAAGUGAAACACAAGUAAAAUCCCAAAAAGAAACCAACAACGACAUUAAAAAUGUGCGGAAUUUUAAUAGUUAUUUCACCAGUUGGUGAAAUAAAAAUUUCACCGAAAUUCGGCAAACGAAUUCGAUCGAUACGUGAAAUGGCGUACAAGCAAUCGAAAAAACAGAGACAUCGUGGCCCCGAUCAUACAGGUGUUGUUGCCAUCCCAGAAGACGAUGUGAUUUUUGUGCAAGAACGUUUGGCUGUAUUACUGCCCGAGACCGGUGAUCAACCGCUGAAAUCCCAAGAUGGAUCAAUUAUUUUGGCAGCCAACGGUGAAAUUUACAACUACUUGGAAUUGUCGGCUGAAAUUGCAAAGCAAAUGGGUAAAUACGAACCGCGAAGUGAUUGCGAUGUGAUUAUCGCCAUGUACGAGCAAUUUGGCAGUGAAUUAGUACAGCAUAUUACGGGAAUGUUUUCGUUUGCAUUGUACGAUAAGAAUGCCAAACGAUUGCUCGUUAGCCGUGAUCCAAUUGGCAUUAUACCGUUGUACAAGGGCGUCGAUGAUAUGGGCAAUUUAUGGUUUUCAAGCGAAAUGAAGUGUCUGGCAGACAUUUGUGAUACAGUCGAAGACUUUGAACCCGGCACGCUGUUAACGGUGGAAAAAGGCACAGUUACACAGACGAAAUAUUAUCAGCCGACAUGGAUUAGCGAAAUCCCGACAAGCAAAGCCGAUUUAACAUUGUUACAACAGAAAUUAGUCAGUGCUGUUCGUUCACAUUUGCAAUCGGAUGCACCGUUUGGGUCAUUGCUAUCAGGCGGCGUAGAUUCGAGUUUGAUCGCAUCGAUUGCAACGCAAAUUCUGCGUGAACGCGAUCCCAACUAUCGAUUGAAAACGUAUAGCGUUGGAUUGGAAAAUGCACCCGAUUUCAAAUACAGCCGAAUAGUUGCCGACUACAUAAACAGUGAUCAUCGUGAGAUUAUCUUUAAAAUUGAGGACGGCAUCGAUUGCAUUCGUGAAACAAUCUAUCACACUGAAAGUUAUGACAUAACAACCGUGCGAUGCAGCAUUCCAAUGAUUUUAAUGGCACGUUUCAUCAAAUCGGAAGGAUUAAAAAUGAUUUUGUCCGGUGAAGGGGCAGACGAAAUAUUCGGCGGAUAUUUGUAUUUCCAUCAAGCGCCAAACGCACAAGAAUUCCAUCAUGAAUUGGUCAACCGGGUGUUGUCACUGCAUAAAUUCGAUUGUUUGCGUGCAAACAAAGCGACAAUGUCGUACGGUUUGGAAUUGCGUGUGCCAUUUUUGGACACUGGAUUUUUGGAUCAUGCAAUGAACAUUCGGCCAGAGGAUAAAAUGGGUGGCGUUAAGAACCAAUUUGCCCAGGAGAACGGUCGUCGCGUUGCACGCAUUGAGAAACACAUUUUGCGUGCGGCAUUUGCCAACGAUUUUUUGCCCGAUCAAGUUUUGUGGCGACAAAAGGAACAAUUUUCCGAUGGUGUCGGAUAUUCAUGGAUUGAUUCGAUUCGUAGCUACGCUGAAAAUUCAGUCGAUGAUGCCGAAUUCGCACGUGCUCAAGAAAUCUAUCCAAUCAAUACACCAGCAACCAAAGAAGCAUUCUAUUAUCGAGCUUUGUUUGAAGAAAUUUUCCCCGGUAAAUCAUUCGCACAAACAGUCACGAAAUGGGUUCCAAGGUUGGAUUGGGGCUGCAGCCAAGAUCCAUCGGGCAGAGCUCAAACCGCGCAUACAGCUGCUUACAAAGAUAAAUAAACCAAAACAACAAUAUUUACAAUAAAUGUUUUGUAUCUGACUGUAAUAAUCAUUCAAAAUUAUUUCCCAAUUUCGAUUCGAAAUUCGUAAAGUUAUCAAUUAGGUAAAUUUAAAGAAGAGAAGACGAAAUUAAUUUUAUACGCAUAAACAAAUAUUUUAGAAAAAACAAACAAACAAAAAUCUUAGAUUUAAGACAAUUGAAUUUGUAAAACCCCGGUUUUUGGAAUGGUCAAAUUAAAGCAUUAUUUAUUAUUAUCUUUCGUGGCAAUGAAA